AUGAAGACGCUCCUGCUCGCCGGCGCAGCCGCGCUGGUACGCGCCGUCGCCGCCGAGGACAAGGCCGCCGCCGUCUUCGGCUACAUGCCCGCCGACAUGGUGCGCAACAUCCAGUGCCAAGUGUGCAAGACGCCCGAGCUCACGGGCACCGUCACGGACUCAUGCUGCAACUACGAGACGGUCGACGUGGCGACGCAGGCCCACUUCCACCCGCUUCUCGACGAGCUCCGGACACUCUCGUUCUUUCGGUACUUCAAGGCCGAUUUGACCAAGGAGUGCCCGUUCUGGCACUCGAACAACCAGUGCGCGAACCGCGACUGCUCUGUGUGCGAAUGCGCCAAGGAAGAGAUCCCCGCCAAGUGGUAUGCGCAGGACGAGGCUGCAAAAGAGGCGCGCGAGCGUGAGGCGCAGCAGCCCUGCGACGACCAACGCGGCGAGGGCGAGCUCUCCAAGAUUGACCGCGCCAACGCGGCCGUCGGUACCAACUUCAACCCGUGGUCGACAGCAGCCAUCGAGGACGACGUGCCCAACGAAGACGCCAUGAUCUACGUCAACCUGCUCGAGAACCCCGAGCGUUUUACGGGCUACAGCGGCAACUCGGCGUGGCGCGUCUGGAAGGCCAUUUACGAGGAAAACUGCUUUCACUCGGACGAGCUCUGCCUCGAGGAGCGUGUCUACUACCGCCUCAUCUCGGGUCUCCACACGUCCAUCAACACGCACGUCGCACUCGACUUUCGCUUUGGCGACCAUUGGGGCCCCAACACCAAUAUGUUUGUCGACCGCGUCGGCGCGUUUCCCGAGCGGCUGCAAAACAUGUAUUUUACCUACCUCUUUGUCUUGCGCGCGGUCGGGCGGUACCGCGAAGUGCUACUCAACUACGACUACUCGACCGGGAACGCGUACGACGACCAGCGCGUGCCCGAGCACGUGCUCCGCGCGCUCUUUGACGUCGACAACACGGCCUUCAACGCCAGCUGCCGCGCGCCGCGUCUCGGUCGCCCACCAGCGCGACCAGUUUCAGCGCAAGUUUGA